UUUUGUAUUUUUAGGUUACCUUUUAUGAGUGGUGAUAUUUAGGGCUCUCUGCAAGCUUUUGGAAGAAAAGGAAAUGAAAUUAUCCCACUCACAAAUCGCCUUAAUCUCUAUUUUUCACAAACAUUUCACGUCCCUCUUUUCGUUGGAGGGGGACACUGACCCCACUGGCAACCUUAGCCGUAUAUAAAUUGUAUGCAGUUCGACCAAUGACACUUUGGAGGUGACAGUGGGGGGGGGGUUGGUAAAUGUAGUUUUGUUUGAUACGUUUUAGGAAUGGUCUUAGCAGCUGAUACAGUUUGGGGCAUUCUUCGGUGCCGGGGUUUGAGGUUAUUUCAACUUUGCAUACAUUUGAUGGUCUAUAACAGGCACGAACUGGGCUUUGGAGAUAGUCAACUUAAUUUUUGUGGAGGGUUAUGAGCAACUGAUCAAUCGAGCCCAAGGAUCAGCCCCUCCUGUCGAGUUUGACUACUCCAUUCAAGGCAUGACUGUCAGCUCAAGACGUCCUCCUAGACCCGUACCAGAGUUCAAGGACGUACCUACAUGGAAAGCUCCAAGAAUCAUCAAUUCACAUCUCCCAGAAGAAAAGAUUCCUGAGCAGAUCUACCAAGGGAAAGGAAAAGUUGUUUUUGUCAUCCGUAACCCUAAGGACGUAGCAGUGUCUUUUUGGCACUUUGCGGUGCCAUGGAAGUUUGAUAAGCGAUAUGAAGAUUGGGAGUGUUUUUUUCAAAUGUUCCUGGAAGGAGAAACGAUUUAUGGGUCUUGGUUCGACUACACGCUGAAUUUCUGGAAGAAGCAUCGUUACGACAAAAACUUCCUUUUCCUGAAAUUCGAGGAUAUGAAACAGGAUAUUAAGGGAGCCGUCAUCCAAAUUGCCGAUUUUCUUGGCAAACCUCUCUCAGAAGAGUCUAUCAAUCGUGUGAUUGAGUGUAGCAGCCUGGAGAGCAUGAAGAGACGGUUUAACACAUCAGCUUCCAAUCCACAGCUAGUGAAAGAAUCCCCAUCACCAGGCCCUGAGAUAAAUGUGGAUAGAACUCCCCCUGGCACUAUGACUACGAAAGAGAUCCUUGCUAAAUACUCGCUUGGUGCUGCAGGCAUCAUCAGAAAAGGAAUCAUUGGAGACUGGAAGUCUAAAUUGACCGUCGCCCAAAACGAGGCUUUUGAUGCACUCUACCGAGAGAAAAUGGUGGGAUCGGGGCUGAAAAUACAAUUUGAAUGAAGCAGCAAAAAUUAUUUAGCAUUCUGAUAAAGUAAUUUCAUAUUGUUUCUUCAGUUAACAAGGUAAGACUUUUUAUAGCGUUCCUUUCAUUCAAAAAUUCAUUCUUUCUACUUUAAAUUUGGCACGUGAGCAUUUUACCUGAUUGUAAAGAAAAUGUUGAUGACAGAACUUGUCAGGCUUAAAUAUGAAGAGAUGUUAUGGCCGCAUCGUACAAUGAAAAGAAGGGAAUGUCACUAUUGUAUCACUAUCUAUUAUCAUAUUGUGUAACCACUGCAAAGUGUGAUAUUGGGUGGCCAAGUCCUAUGGGGAAAAGAAUCUAAAAGUAAUUUUUAGGGGCGCGAUUUCAAGGCAAGAUGUGUCAAUAAAUUGUAGAGCAUGAUGCACGGUAGCAUUUCGUAGGUUUAGCUGUACAAAAUUGGUUUCCUUUUUAUAAACUAUGAAGUGUCCAUUGGGGCGGGAUUGCUGGUUUUUUUUAUUAUUCCGUCAUUUUGUCGAAAAAUCCAACGAUUAUCCAUGAAAACCGUAAAAAAAAAGAAGGGGAGAAACUGGAGUUUUUAAAUGUUGUUCGCCUUUGGCAGUGUGCCUUGCACGUAUCGUGCGCGCUAGCAUGCCGUAUUUAUUUGAGACGUGCGAUGCGCUCUGUUCAGCGAAGGGGACGAAAUGCAAUUUUGUCUGUGCACAGCAUACAUAAAUUCCCCCCGAAUAUGGUAUCUAAUAUCAGCUCAGUGUCCCUAAUACUUCAACUUGUUGAAACUGUUAGCCAAUAAAGUUAAGAUUCUAGAGACCGAAGAGAGUCUCUAGUUCAACCCCCCCCCCUGCAUAGACCUACGCAAAAGCAAUCGCGUAUGAACUCAGACAAUCCUUACCAAAAUUGUUGAGACAAGUGUCAAUAGACAUACCCUCCCCAGCUUGCACAGACCAUGACCCAUGAGACUCAACAUUGAUCGGAGAUCAGGGACGGAGAUCCAGUCAAUGUUUUGGCUGGGAUAGCUACAAACCGCAGGCCUAUUUCCCACUGUGGUACACCCCUCAACCACACCGUAGGCCAUCUUAUCGUCUUCUGAGAAAAAUCUACACUUAAAACAUGUCUGUUAAAUAAAAGUAGAUUCUGUUGUCUGUUGACAGGACAGAAGUUGCUGUUUUGGGCCUGUACUUUAUGCUGUCACUUUUUCUAUAUACUAACAGGAGAUUCUUAGUGAAAUGUGUUCAGGGCACAGUUAGAAAAAAAUUUAAUUCGUACGUACAGCUUACUAUGUCGUAUGUAAGCAUUACUAAACCGUACGUAUAUACGGAGUAGUAAUCCACAUGGUUCACUGCGUGACUAAACUUCAGUUCAUUGGGUCCGAGAGGGACGAAUUAAUUUUUUUUAACAUGUCCUAAAUUUACUUCCAUAUCCUAAUAGUAUACAGAGAAAAAUUGACAGUAGAAUGUGCUGUCCCAAAACAGCAACUUCUGCAAUGCAUAGAAUCUACCGUUAUUUAACAGACAUUUUAAACAGUUUAUCCUCCGAGGGUGCCCUGUAUCCGCGGUAUGAUUAUUUUUGGGCAGUUUAUUGAGGACAAAAAACAACGCAUUUAAAACCACGUUUAAACUUGGUAAAAAGCUACAUUUUAAGCUGUAUUUUCAUGAAAACACAGUUACAGUUUAAAUAGAUACCUGCUAAUUCUAGGGCUUUCAUUCUUGAUGGUGCAUAAUCAACGCCAUAUACUGGUUGUGAGUAGAAAUCCAAAUAACUAUAAUAAUCUGGGGUUUGUUUUUUUAAGUAAAAUUAUCUUUGCUUCGUGAAGUCUCCGGUCACUCCAAAGACAGUGUUGCAUCAUGCCGUUUUCAUGGAUAGCGAAUAGAGAAAUGCGGAAUGGUACGGGUUAUCUAAACAGACAACAUUAAGUUUCAGUCAGAUCAAAAUUAAAUGUAACCCGGGUUGCCGUGGAGGAAAAAUUGAAUGGGCUAUGCGCCUCAAUGUACAGAGGUUGGAUGGGCUGCAGCUUUUGCGGCGAGAGGAGGGUAAAACCAAACGCUUCACUUAUUUGGCAUUCAUUGCAUUCUCGAUGUAAUUUUCUAUUGUUGAAAUUCUUUUGAGAUUAUUUCAUCAUUUUCGUGCUUGUAUUUUUCGGGCAGAUCUGUCUGGCCGGUGAUGGAUCAACCUUUCACAAGAAAGAACGGCAGUUGCAACGCAUUUGUUGCAACGUUGGGGUGACCCAAGAAGAUUAAUCCAACAUACAAACGGGAUGUGUCUAUUGUGAGAAUUUCUCUUGAAAAUGUCAAAUUAUUCUGCAGUCAAAAGCAAACGAAAUUUGUUGUUAUCACAAAUGAAAAUGCCUGUGCAAUCUGGAUCCGUUACUGUUAAAUCAGUCAUCAAUAAUAAAUAUUCACAGUACAACUCGCUGCUUUUUGUAUUGAGAUCACUCAGAAGACAUGAACCCGAAAAUGGUUGAGAUCGGUUUCAUUGUCAACUAUUUAGGAAGUAAAGAUUAUAGAUGAAAAUAAAUAAGCAUCAAUCCUUCAGCUCACUAAAAAAUCCAAAAGUUAUGCUGUGUUGACCAAGCAUUCAGGCGCAUGGACUCCUGAAAUUCGCAAGGAAUCGCAGUUACCGGCUUCCAUAUAGGACUUUUCUGGGGUCUCAGCCCACCACACUUCCGCGCUGCUCAUCCAUUUAACCCCCGAAUAGUUCGACGGACCGUGCAAGGGAGGAAACGAGACAAGCCCCUAAAGCCCAGGCCGACAAGUCGGCCAUACGUCUCGAACCUGUACUGAGGUGCUCACCUGGACUUUGCGGACAGUCCCAGCAGAAUAGCUUGCCCGGUCGGCUAAGGUACUCUCUUGUAGCUACUGACUGACAACAAGCAUUGACAAAAUAAAAAGCCUCCGAUGGGAUUCGAACCCACCGUCUAACGAUCUGAUAACGUAAGCUCAACCACUCGGUCAUUUUAAAGACGUUGCUUUUCGCUGUUCAUAUCAAGGAGAUAACAAAACCAUUAACCUUACGCGCAGAAUGUUGCACAAUAGGUAGAUGAACAUGGUCAAUUCCCCGGACCACGUCAGUACACCUAUCUACGGCUGCGUUCGCGCGGUUACUCCUGUCAAUCGAGUGUAGGAUGCGCGCGCAUUACUCUCGGGUCAGGAGUACACUCCUGCACGAGGGGAGAAUACUCUCGCUGACCUGCGGGGUAUCCUGCCGUUCGUGCCAGUGCGCUUCGGGAGAGUACUCAUGUUCACAAGAGUAGCUCGCUCAACAGCAUUCUGCAUGUCGGACUUUUUCAUAGUGUCCACCCUGAGCUGAAGCGCACCCCCACCGGCGAAAAAAAAGACAGAUGGUGCUAAGUUUUCCAACCGCAUCCUAUGGGGCACCACAGGUCCAUAAUAAAUAUUUUACAAAACGAAUGCUCCAAAUCAAAACAAAGCUCAGAGUUUAAAAACAAACAAAAGCGAGGUGCAUAAACAAAGGACGUCGAGAAAGUGAAAACAGUAAAUUAAUUAAAAACGAAUGACAGAAAAAUGAAGCAGAGUUUUAAAUCCUGGUUUACGAACAGCCUUUGCGAAAUGAUGAAAACCUCAAUCGAUCAGAAAAAAAAGAAAUUAUGGAAAUUAUUUAAACGAACCCAUCACUUAGCGGCGCGGCAUCCCAAGUAAUUGUCACAUAUAUUUUUUUCCUGAAUGAAAAUGGAUAAGACUUGAAACUAUGCAUGGUGGAAGUACUAAAUAGGUUAGGCUUGCGGUUGCACCAUGUAGAAAAUAUAUCUUAUAUGAGUGUGUGGUUCUGAGAAGAGCCGAUGGUGAACACUCGAAGACUGAGCAGAGCAUACUGUUCGGAACAAGCCUAACCUUUUCUGAAUGAAAAUGUCUCGGCAAAUUAAAUUUUUCUGGUCAGAGAGUUUCUAUAUAACUGCGAUCUCUUACAACUAAUAAAUUACUGAUUUGCCAAACGCAUAUUUGUAGUGAUUUCAAGACUUUAUUAUUUUUGAGGAAGAGUACAAAGUAAACUUUUUUAAAACAACUGGAA